AUGAGCCACCACGCCCGGCCCACUCAUACACUCUUAGUGGAGAUAAGCCUGGCAAACCUCGGUGUGAUUGAAGAAGCCAGUGUGAGACUCAGCCUAGUCCAGGAAAGCUACUGGCACCUGCUGCUCUCAACAAACCUCGGCGCAAUGGUGUUCGCAUUUUGGAAGGUCUUUCUGAUCCUAAACUGCCUUGCAGGUCAGGUCAGUGUGGUGCAAGUGACCAUCCCAGACAGUUUCGUGAAUGUGACUGUUGGAUCUGACGUCACUCUGCUCUGCCUCUACACCACCACCGUCGCCUCCCUAGACAAGCUUUCCAUCCAAUGGUCUUUAUCCUAUAAGAAGGAGUUGGAGCCAAUUUCCGUCUACUAUUCUGAAGGUGGACAAGGUACAGCCAUUGGGCGAUUUAAAGAUCGCGUUAUAGGGUCCAAUGCUCCAGGUAAUGCGUCUAUUACCAUUUCGCAUGUGCAGCCAGCAGAUAGUGGAGUUUACAUCUGUGAUGUUAACAACCCCCCAGACUUUGUCGGCAAAAACCAAGGCACCCUCAACGUCGACGUGUUAGUCAAACCUUCUAAGCCAUUUUGUAGCAUUCACGGAAGUCCAGAAAGAAGCCAUACCAUCUCUCUUUCCUGCCUCUCUGCGCUUGGAACGCCUUCCCCUGUGUACUACUGGUAUAAACUGGAAGGAAGCAAUAUUAUACCAGUGAAAGCAAACCCAACCACAGGGACUUUGGUUAUCGGAAAUCUGACAAAUUUUGAACGUGGUUAUUACCAGUGUACUGCUAUCAACAGCCUUGGCAACAGUUCCUGCGAAAUUGAUCUAACUUCUUCACAUUCAGAAGUGAUCAUCAUCAUCGUGGCCUUGACAGGUUCCCUGGUAGGUGCUGCCAUUAUCACCGCUGUCGUGUGCUUCGCAAGGAACAAGGCAAAGGCAAAAGAAAGGAAGAGAAAUUCUAAGACUGUCACGGAACUUGAACCAAUGACAAAGAUAAAGAAAAGUGCAGAGAGUGAAGCAAUGCCAACAGAAGACGCCGUCCAACUAGAAGCAACUUUACCGCCUUCCACUCAUGACACUAUCACCAUUGAGGAACCAGACCAUGAGCCUAUCCAAGAGCCAGAGCCUGACCCAGAGCCUGUCAUAGAGCCUGGCCAAGGACCAGAGCCUAUUUCUAUACCUGAGCUUGUAAUUGAGCUGGAGCCAGAGCUGGAGCUUGAGCUGGAGCUGGAACUGGUACCAGAGCCAGAGCCUGGGAUCGUAGUUGAGCCUCUCUGUGAUGAGGAGAAGGGAGUGGUUAAGGCAUAG